CGUACACUUUCAUCUUAUCGAAAUAUGAUAUAAAAUGCAGAAAUAAUUGGAAGAAUGGAAGCGGCCACCGGCACGUCUUGAGUUUCCGGUUCCCCCAGAUGUUCACCGGGAACUUCAUAAUUCAUUACAACAUGUUGCUAAUAAAAUAAUUAGAAUAGUGACAUCUCAUCUUGUCCCUCUUGUUGAACUGGAUGUUUCAUGCUGUAGUCCACUAGUUCAUCGUGCUUUUAUGGUUUAUACAUCACGAAGACGGAGAAUACUUCGCGUGCUUUCUCUUGGGGUGUUUUUGAUAGGAUGUUUUGCCAUUGUUCAAUGGUGGAAAUCGCGAUUACUUCCUUUUGUUGGAAGCAUUACAACAAAGGAGAAGAACGACAUUUUGUUAGGACUCAAGAUUAAUGUUAGAGCACAAAAUGCCAAGUUGGUUCUCCAUGGCAAGUCAUAUGAGGAUGAAGAUCGAGAAAACAUUUCUUGGGUAAAACACCCAUGGACAACAUCGUUGUAUGGCUUUCUUAACAUUCAUGUGUGGCAUGACUGGUGUGGUAGUGCAGUGAAUGAUCUCAGACGUAAUGUACACUUUCCUAAAUAUCCUGAUGUCAAAUUGAAAACCAAAUUAUUUUAUGUAAGCCAUAAUGCUGAAAACUUUGGACAAAGAGUGUUUGGCUUUGUACACCCACCUAGAACUGGCUAUUACACAUUUGCUAUCUCUUCCGAUGACUCCUCUGAACUCUGGCUUAGUACUGGUGAAAAUCCAAUGAAGUCGCAGCUGAUUGCAUGGGUUGGUAACCUGACGAAUCCAAAUUGGCAAGAGAUCGUAGGUGAGGAGUUCACCCGCUACAAAUCCCAGAUUUCCUCACCCGUUCUCUUGCAUCGUAAAAGGCGUUACUUUAUUGAAGCCUUACACAAGCAAUCAUCGUCAUACGAUCAUCUUUUGGUUGCUUGGAAAAUGCCAGGUUUUGUAAAUUUCACGUACAUAACACGUGCACGUAUCUCGCAGUACAUUCAUCCUCACGAAAUGCAUAACCUUGACGUCACACGUUACUCAUUGCAUAUCCCCAUGAGUCCUGCCGUAGUUCAACCUGCCUAUGAGAUGGUCAAACUAAGUAAAGAAGUUCCCAAAGGUAUCCCAACCUCAAAUAUACAGAUACCUCGUUUCACCCGUGGGAAAGGCAAUAACUACUCGAAGACAAUCGCACCGGAACUUUUCUCUAGAUUGCAUUCUCGUAUAAUGUCUUUUUCUUCGUUAUUGUACCCGAGUUGUGAAUACAAACCAAGCUACCAAGUUGAUUUCAAUGUCUCACGAUACGAAGGAGUUUAUUUAAUUCACGAAACUGCCGUAUAUCCAUACGAUAACACGCAUCUGAAACAUGUGGAGCACUAUAAACCAUGCUUUAAAAUGAGAGUUCGUGAUUCGCAUGGCUUGCGGUUGCCUUGGGUGAAUGAUGAAGAAUUUUAUCAGAUGGGGGACCCGCUAGAUGACCAUGGGAUGGCUGAUGUGAAACAUGAUGUUUUUCAUCAAGAGACCUCUAGAGGUUAUCUUGCUCGCUCUACUUCAAGGAAUUAUUCCCCUUUUGAAAGUUUUACACAAAGGAAAACCUUAGCCGUAUUCUUAAAUAGGGCUCGUUUGCCAUACCACAGAUAUCGAUUGUAUUUACCGAAGAAAAAGGAUAUAGAAAGUCAAAACGUAAAGAGUAAGAUGUCAGAGAAAAGGCAUCGUGAAGAAAGUGAUCGUAAAGGUGUACUGGAUCAUAUUGCAAAAAAGAUGAUGGAAAAGAUAACUGAAAUAUGGCGCAGAGCUGUAGCAGGACAUGAAAACAGAUCAGAAAGAGAUUCGACCAGAAAUAGUUUUCCCAACGAGUUGAAAACAACAUCCAACUUCGUGCAUCGUGAAAACAACGAUGUUCCGCUUCUUGGGAAGGAGACUUUUCACAAGUUAAAAAGAUCUGGACAGUGGAAAAAAAUACUAGCGUAUGCGAAACGAGAAAAAUUGCUGGUAACAAGAAAAACAUGGAUGUACGUUGCAUGGAAGUAUUUUCGGUAUGAAAAACCCGAGAAACCCCAUGAUAAACUGGUCGAAUUCAUAUAUAAACAACAUCCAACCUUAUGUCGAACUGAUGGAAAUAUUUUAUUGAAUAAAGAUGUCGCCAAAGGUGUUGUUAAGAGAUACAUCAAUGAUUUGCGAUCACUUUAUUCAAGUGACAUAAAUCUGAGGAAAGUUUUAAACGUUGAAGAAAAUCACGAUGUCCUCAAAGGGGACAGAUAUCUCAUCGAAUUGGAACUUGAACUCAAAGACAGAAAUAAACCCAUUCUCGUUUCUGAUUACGUCUACCAGCCCUUGGGUGCUAGCUCCUUUUGUGCACCAAAACACUUUGUUUGGAAAAAGAACGUGACUGUUCACGUGAUAGUGCCAGUUAAGAAUCAAGGCAAAUGGGUUCAACAUUUUAUAAACGACAUGUCAGAGUUGUAUGAAAGUACUAAGGAUGAACAAAUCAAUGUUAUCAUCAUUGAUUUCAACAGUACAGACCUUAAUAUUGAGUUGGCUUUACGUCGGAGCUCAUUGAAAAGAUAUCGUGUCUUGCAAGUCGGCGGUUCAUUUCAGCGUGCUCUUGGAGUUCAAAUUGGUGCUAACUCUGUCGAGAAUCCAGAUGACAUCAUCUUUACAUGUGAUCUCCAUCUUGAUAUUCCUAAUAAUAUGAUUGAUAUCUUACGAAAGCAUUGUAUCCAAGGUAGAAUGGCGUUUUCUCCUAUGGUACUACGUCUUGACUGUGGUUUUACACCAUCACUUUCUUACGGAGAAUGGGAAACGAUGGGAUAUGGAUUGUUUGCGAUUUAUAAAUCGGAUUUUGAUCGUAUUGGGGGGAUGAACGUUGACGAAUUUAAGACAAAAUGGGGUGGAGAAGAUUGGGAGAUGGUGGACAGGUGCCUACAGAAAGGGCUGGAAAUUGAAAGACUUCGCGUUCCUAACUUUUAUCAUUACUACCAUAGCAAGCAGGGUAUGUGGGGUAGUUAUAGAUUUGAAGAUAAUGUCUUGGGCAAUACCGGGAACAGAAUUGGGGAAGAUGCGAUUGUACCGACCUACAAAGCAUAUAGAACAUUGAGAUAUCGGUAUAAUCAAGCUCUAAUGCCGGAAUACUGAAUUAUCUUUCUCGAGGUAAGUACGAUCUUCGUACCAAGGUCAGUGGUGAUUGGAAAACGUUGCGUCAACAGGGAUGUCUUUCUUACUCACUACUUCACAAGUUCUUGUCAGUUAGUGUGCCGAGCUACAUGCAUGACAGUAUUCAAUCAUGAGCCAUUGUAUCAUGAACUCAUGACUUGCGUUAUUUACAGAAUGAGAAAAUGAACUAUAUUUUAUUAAGGAGGCCAAUGAUAUUUAAUACAUAGUGUUAAUAUUGUAAGAAUAUAUCUUAAUACACGUGCAUAUCUCAAGUCUA